AAAUUCAAUCCUUCCAAUGGCUCGGCCAAUUGAAGCAGUCAAGGACAUCAACGAUUCAAAAGAUUUGUGGAAGGUUGCUGUUCGUUGUAAGCACAUGUGGACUGUGACAAGUGCUUCCAACAAAGUUCAUUUGGAGCUGAUUUUGGUUGAUUCCAAUCUUGACAUGAUUCAAGCCAUUAUCCCACCCCAUUUGGUGUCAAAAUAUCAGGCUGAGAUUGUUGUUGGAGGUUCAUAUGUCAUGCAGAAUUUCAAGGUUUCAACUAACGAUUUUUCUUUUAAAGCUACAACACAUGCUUUCAAAUUGGUCUUUUGUGGUUCAACUUUUGUCAAGAAAUCAGAGUUGUCCAACAUUCCUUUGAAUUAUGUUAAAGUUCUUGAUUUGGCUUCUAUAGUUGAUGGGAAGUUUCAAUCUAAUUUGUUAGUUGAUGUUGUUGGAGGAGUUACUGAAAUUAUUCAGACUCAAGUCAAUGUUGAUGACAUCAAAAGUAAGGUUGUAUUUAUAAUAACAGACGUUAGCAAGUCUUUGGUUCAAUGUACCCUAUGGGGCCAGCUAGCUAUUCAGUUUAAUGACUAUUACAAGACAUUAAACGAUAAAGGAAACGUUGUUGUCCUCAUAGAGAAUGCAAGGAUAAAGGGCGCAACAGGGGGUUAUCCGUUGAAUGUCUCCAACGCAUGGACUGGCACUAAGCUAACUAUAAAUGAUGUUAGCUUUCCUGAGAUAAGUAAACUAAAAGAAAGUCUGAAGGAAAUAUUACCAAAGUUGUCUUCUUCAAGCUUGCAAGUUGAAACGACUCAGAACUCACAGUAUUCUGACUUUGAUAAGUUCAUAUGGAAGGCUGAUAUUCUUAGUCUUGCUGAAAUCAACACUCUUCAACAUGAGGCAACCUGUGUAACUGUUGCGAAGUUGGAAAAAUUUGAGGUUGGCCAGGCUGGAUGGUAUUACGAUGGGUGUGGUGAGUGUACAAAGAGUGUAUCUCUUAAAGAUGGAAAAUUGAAGUGCUAUGCGAAUCACAUAACCUACAAACCGGUUCCCAGGUUUAAGCUUGAAGUAAUGGGAACUGAUGGGAAGUUCAAGGCACGAUUUGUCUUUUGGGACGUUGAUUGUGUGAAGUUAAUUGGAAAAUCUGCUUCACAAAUUAAAACUGAACUAAUUGAGGCCGGUGAAGACAAUCCUUUUGAAUUCCCGAUUCAACUUGAUGCAAUGUUGACAAAAAAGUUGGCUAUUAGAGCUGUUUUUCAGCCAAAGUUUAAUAGGCUAUCAGUAAUUGGUUUCAAAGAUGAUGAUGAAACACGUAAAAAAAUACGUGACAGCUUCAAAUGUGAAGAGGUGUGUUUUAUUUGCAUUCUAUUUUAGUUUUUUUCAUUGAAAACAUUACCUUAUGACAAAUGACUGAUUUUAAUUGAACGAGAAACUAUUGGCAGCAUACAUCGAAGCUUGGAGUUUCGGAGC